AUGAGAAACAACAUUAUUGAAAGGAUAGACAACAUUUCCGGAAAGAAAGACUACACUUUUAGAGCGAUAAAGAAAGCUUCUAUAAUUAAUUUACAUCUUUCCGGAAAAAGAUUUAAACCUUCCGUAAUUAUCACUAGAACAUUAAUUUUUACUCUGCUUCUCUUCCAAACAAAUGCCCAGUGUCCAACAUUACAAUCCCCAUGUAGAUGUGCCCCUUCAAUAUACGAACCAAUAGCUAUUAUUUGUGAAAAGGCUGGCAGUUUAGAAAAUGCUUUAAGGGCAGCUCAACCUGCCAGGCAUUUAUCAAUUGAUUCUUUAAGUAUUUUGGAUACUGCAUUGCCUUCUUUACCUUCAAAUGCUUUUUAUGGGUGGACUAUUCUUCGUCUUGUAUUAAAUCGAAAUACUCUUUCACAUGUAGUGGAUGGGGCUUUUAAUGGUAACCUGAUUGAUUCCCUUGUAGAGUUGGACUUGUCAGAAAAUUCUCUUUCACAGAUUGGGACACAGUUCGGCGGCCUUUCCCAACUUCGAAAUCUUCGAAAACUUUACUUAAAUAAAAAUGGAAUUUCUCAAUUACCAACAAAUUUGUUUGCAGAAUUUUUAAGCAGAGAAACUUUAUUAAAAUUAGAAUUGAGAGCAAAUCAUUUAACAGACCAAUCGUUUGGGACAACUUUACAACAAAAUAGUGAAGGGACAAGUGUUUUUUCACCUUUAAAAAAUUUACAAGAAUUAAGUUUGGAAACUAAUCAAUUAACAAUGAUUCCAAGUAGUGCUUUAUCUGUUCAGAAAGAGACACUUAAAAAUUUAAAUUUGGGGUUAAAUAUGUUAAGUUCAUUAUCACUUGAAUUUAAUGGUUUAACAGUUAUUGUCCCACAAGCAUUUCAACACGUUCCUAAACUUGAAUAUCUUUAUUUGACUGGAAAUAAAUUUCCUGCUUGGUCGUCAGAAAUGUUUAGAUUUAUUCCCGAAUUAAAAACUCUUGGAAUUGGAGAGACCCCAAUUUCUGUAAUUCCUACAAAUGCUUUUGUACAUACUCCAAAUUUGAUGCGGUUGGAAAUGUCUGAAGCGGCUGUGGACACAAUAGAACCUGGAGCAUUUCAAAGAACUCCAAUAAUUCAAGCAAUUGUACUAAACAAAAACAGAUUGACCAGAAUUCGUAGUGACAUGUUUCAAGGCCUUCAAGAAUUAUAUUCAUUGGAUUUACAAGGAAAUAGACUAGAACAAGUUGAAAAUAAAGCAUUUGCUAAUUUACCAGCACUUAGACAUUUGGAUAUUAGUUACAAUCUUCUUCAAACUUUACCUAUGGAUACUUUUGAAGGAACCUUUGAACCGACAAGUGAUGAUAGACGUGUAAUUUAUGCUUGCGAAAAUCCUUGGCUUUGUGAUUCCAAAUUAGAAUGGUUUAGGCAAAUGUUACGAGACAAUUUGGAUAUUGAUAUAGAUAAACCAGGAUGUGUAGCUGCUUGUGGUCCCAGUCCAAACAAUUGCCCUCCAGAAGGAACUCCUCUCAGGGCAUUAGAUUUUUGUCCGUCGCAGGAAGGGACAGUUGAGCCAAUGCCUCUUGUUGGAACAGCACUUUCACUUGUUGGAUGGAUUAUUUUGGUAACCAUAAUGACUGUGCUUAUAAUUUCUAUUUGUUUAAUGGCAUUAAUUCGUUAUGGAAUGAGCCAUAGAAGAAAGAAAAUUAAAGAUGCAGAGAUUGAAGAUGAACAAAGAAUAAUGUCUUCGGCAUCUGCGGCCGCUUCGGCCUAUCAUGGUUCUACAUUGCCUAGAAAUACAUAUCAUCCUUCUACUGUUUAUGGUUCUCCAGCUGGCAUAGAUUUAGAUUUACCACCAGCACAUAAUUUGGAAGAAAGACACCAUCAUUAUUUUCUUUAA